UAUUUUGCUACUGUUUGCUACGGUGUCUUGACAACAGUAGAGGAAGACUGCUCUAGCAGACAGAAAACAGAAGACAGAGAGACACCUCGUCAAGUUAUAUUGAACUGAAUUCUCCAUCCUCCACCUGAACCAUGUCUGGAAACAAGAAAGGAUACUCCACCACCUCUCAGAAGCACCGGAACUUUGUCUCUGAGCCGAUGGGGAACCGGUCUGUGAGAGACGUACCCGGGAUCGGACCUGUACAGGGCCGCAGGCUAGAGGAUAAGGGCGUUACCAGGGCUGACCAGAUGUUGGGCCAGUACCUGGUGAGUGGUCGAGACCAAGGCCAGUUCCAGGGCUAUCUGAAAAAUACCACAGGGGCCAACGCCAAGCAACAAAGUGACGCCUACAAUGGAAUGAGAGAGUGGACCAACAACAAUAUGUAGAGGAGAGCAGACAUUCACUCACUGUCUCUGCUCCUUUCUGCUUUUCUACUCCUUACUAGGACUCUUCAGACCUACCUAGGUCAACUUUCAACUAACUAUUAAGAAGUCAUUAUUGAUAAGUGGGGCGGCAGGUAGCUUAGUGGAUAAGAGCGUUGUGCCAGUAAUCGAAAGGUCGCUGGUUCUAAUCCCCGAGCCGACUAGGUGAAAAAUCUGCUGAUGUGCCCUUGAGCAAGGCACUUAACCCUAAUUGCUCAUGUAAGUCGCUCUGGAUAAGAGCGUCUGCUAAAUGACGUAAAUUAGUUCAAUAAUUAGUUAUAAGUAUUGAUAAGUAAUCUUGAGUAAUCAUAAAGUUGAUAGUUAUCUAUAAGACACUGUACUUCCUUCUGUUCUUCUUGUCACAUCCUUCAACUAAGACCCUGGGCCCUGUCCCCAGGUUAAAGUGAUAGCUUUGGGUGCAUUCUGUUUUGGAAUAAAUCUGGAAUUAACUUCU